UCUAAGGGAGGCAGCGCUAUAUUUCUAUAGAGGUUACUACUACUUUACAAACUUCAGUGGAUAACCCACUGAAUGAGAAAGAGUCCCGUGAUGUUUUCAUUUUGAAUCAUGGGAAGAUGAUGGAUUUAUUUAAACGCUGAACGCCGAAUAAUGGACGUCUAAAAGCAUUUGCAAGGUUGAGUACAUGAGGGAAGAAGCGGAAGAUUGCUCUGAAGAUGAGGAGACUGUCACGGAAGAAAGCCCUCAAUCUCGUGAAGGAACUGGAUGCUUUUCCGAAGGUUCCAGAGAGCUACGUGGAGACGACUGCAAGUGGUGGAACUGUGUCUUUGAUUGCCUUCACUGCAAUGGCACUGUUGGCAUUCUUUGAGUUCUUUGUGUAUCGGGACACGUGGAUGAAGUAUGAGUAUGAGGUGGACAAAGACUUCUCCAGUAAAUUAAGAAUCAAUAUUGAUAUUACAGUUGCCAUGAGGUGCCAAUUUGUGGGUGCGGAUGUGCUGGACUUGGCCGAGACCAUGGUGGCAUCUGACGGCCUGCAGUAUGAACCGGUAGUGUUUGAUCUCUCACCUCAGCAGAGACUGUGGCAGAGGACAUUGUUGCUCAUUCAGAAUCGUCUGCGGGAAGAACAUUCGCUGCAGGACGUGCUGUUUAAGAACGUCAUGAAAGGAGCCCCCACUGCCCUGCCCCCAAGAGAGGACAGUCCUAAUCAGCCACUGAAUGCCUGCAGGAUACACGGUCACCUCUAUGUCAACAAAGUGGCAGGGAACUUCCACAUUACUGUGGGCAAGGCCAUCCCGCAUCCAAGAGGCCACGCCCAUUUAGCCGCCCUCGUCAGCCAUGAAACAUAUAACUUCUCCCAUCGGAUUGACCAUCUGUCCUUCGGAGAGGAGAUCCCAGGCAUCCUGAACCCGCUGGACGGCACAGAGAAAGUCUGCACGGACCAUAAUCAAAUGUUCCAGUACUUUAUCACCAUUGUGCCCACCAAGCUGCAGACCUACAAAGUGUCAGCUGACACUCACCAGUACUCUGUCACAGAGCGGGAACGCGUGAUUAACCAUGCUGCAGGCAGCCAUGGCGUUUCAGGGAUAUUCAUGAAGUAUGACAUCAGCUCUCUGAUGGUCAAGGUUACCGAGCAACACAUGCCGCUCUGGCAGUUCCUGGUUCGGCUCUGCGGCAUCAUUGGGGGAAUCUUCUCCACAACGGGGAUGAUUCACGGCCUUGUAGGCUUUUUUGUGGAUGUCAUCUGCUGUCGCUUUAGACUGGGAGUUUAUAAGCCCAAAGAUACGAGCCUCCUGGAUGGUCACAUAAACAGCCGAACGCCGCUCCUCACAGAGAAUGGGAGCCACUAACUGGAGCCCAUCUGAGUCCAUUAACUCUCAACAGUCUCCAUAACCCCCCCCCCCACACACACACACACACACUCGCUUUACAAGACCCAGGACACAAGCACAGCAUCUUUUCAUCAAGCGUUUGUAAUGUGUUACCCCAAUAUUAGUUAGGCUCCUCCAUAAUCAGUCUGAUUCCUUCACCUGAAACAACAUCUGAAGCAAUCAAAAUUACAAUGCAAUCAAAAAUGCAAAACGGAGGAGUCUAUGAUACCCCUGAGACGUGGCAAAAAUAAAAGGUUUUGUGCAUUUGGUCAGUAUUUUUUAUUUUUGCAGCUAAUGUCUUUGGCUGUUUGCUGCCAUAAAUUGCUAAUCUAAAAUGAGCUUGCCUUUUUAGACAGCUAUGUUUUUGGCACAUGCAACUCUAAAAUAAGAAGAAGAAGAAGAAUCCUUCCCCAACUACCAUCAGGACUAGCAUUUAAGUAGUUAAUCAACUACAACUGUUCAAAUUUGAUGAGACUAGAGGCUGUAAUUAAAUUAUGCUAGAUUAAGGAAAGGUUUGCCUUGAUAUGGUUAGUCCACUCCUGUCUAUAUCGCGCAAACUACUCAAGGAAACCCACAGACAUAAAUUGCCACAGUAUUAUGAAUGUCUGGGACAUCAUUUAGGUAUUUUUUUUUAAAAAAAGGCUACUUUCAAAACCAUUUUCUCCAUCUACUUGACAUUCAGUCGAUAACAUGAAACCCCUCCACUAGAGGGAGCCAUUUGCCUCAGGAAGGUUACUGUUGCAAGCAGUGUGUGGCUUAUAAUGUGCGUGUACCUGUGUAUCUGUUUACAGUGAUUUAUGAUUGAAUUGUUUUGUGUCUUUUCCCUGAGCCGGUUGGCAAAAGUGCUUUAUUUAAAGUAAAUUUUACUGAUUUGGGUUAAAAUAGGGAGUGGGAGAACCCACUCUCUGAAAGUCCACAUUACAGAUCAAGUAAAUGAUUGGUGCAGAACCCCGUAGACAAGCUGUCCUUGUCCUAAGUUCUCUUCUUAUUGUACUAGAGGUUGUUUUCAAUUUAGACUGAAAUCCUUGUUAAUAAAAUGUGACGAACUUGCCUGGUUAAAAACCAUCUGAUCCCUAUUGACAUUGAAUUGACUGUUGAAAGGUUCUUGC